AUGCAGAUAUACAUCCUGGCACAAGGAGAAGGUGUCUGGAAUGCUAUAGAAAACGAAUGGAAAACUCCAGUUGAUGAUAAAGGAAAUAGAAAACCUAAAAUUGACUUGAGUGAAGAAGAAAGAACAGAAUAUGACUUCAACUCGAAGUCAAUGAAUGCAAUCUAUGGAGCUAUGAGAGAAGAUACCUUCAAACUGAUUGCCAACACUCGCAUAGCCAAAACUGCGUGGAGUAUAUUAUGUGAUCAUCAUGAAGGGAACACGUCUGUAAGACAAUCCAAAUUACAGAUGAUACAGAUAGAGUUUGGAAACUUGAAGAUGGAAGAAGAAGAAAAUAUCACACAAUUUAGUGCCAGAGUUUUAAGCAUCUCUGGAGAUGCAUCCAAUCUAGGCGAACCUAUACCUGAACAUAAGAUCGUCAAAAAGGUACUACGUUCCAUACCUGGAAGAUUCCUGAUAAAAGUUAUAGCAAUUCAAGAGAACAAAUAUCUGAAUACCUACAAACUUAGUGAUCUAAUGGGAAACCUUCAAACCUAUGAGCUUGAGAUGUUACAAAACCAGAAAAAUAAUGGCAAAGGAAUAGCACUACAAUCUAAACAAGAAGAGAGCUCAGAAACUGAUACUGAAACCAUGGAACAGUCAAUCGCGCUUCUGACAACGAAUUUCAAUCGAGUUCUCAAAAAGUUCAACAAAUUCAGAAAUAAAAACCCCUCGAAUGGCCAAGGAAAUUCCACAGUCAAUCAAAAAUCACCAGGUACGAAAAGAAGAGACAGUUCAUCUACAGAGGGAAUACAGUGCUAUGAGUGCAGAGGGUUUGGACACAUCCAAUCAGAAUGUGCAACAUACCUUAAAAGAAAGAACAAGACAUACAUGACAACAUUAAGUGAUGACUCAGACAGUGAAGAAGACACCAACACCAAUUUCGUAACAUUUACCGCAAAUCAUGAAAGUGACAACGGAGAAGAUACACAAGAAUUACUAGAGGCAUAUACUCAACUACAUGCCAAAUGGGAACAAAUCAUCAAAGUAAAUCUAGAACUCAUGCAAGAAAAUCAGUUUCUAAAAGAUGAAAAAGACAGAGGAGAAAAACGGUUCAAAGAAGCUCAAAAUGAAUUAUUAGAUUCCAAAAACAGAGAGGCCAAACUGCUACAAGAAAUCAAGGUGCUAACUGAAAGGCCUAGGUCUCCAAUCUCAGCCUCCAGUGAAAGUCACCAAACUGAAAAUCCUGAAGUGUCGCAACAUCACUUUCAACAUCGAAGAAGGAUCAGAUGCUAUUAUUGUCACAGAUUGGGACACAUAAAAGCAUACUGCUACAAGAGACAAAAUGAUCUCUAUUACAGGCAAAACAACAGAGAUUGGCCAUCACAAAACAGAAAUAAUAGCAAGAAAAUCUGGGUAAGAAAAGAUCAAAAUGUUGCAUAUACCUCUAAAACAAGCAAAGGACAAGAUAUAUGGUAUUUUGAUAGCGGAUGCUCAAGGCAUAUGACUGGAAACCCAGAAAAUCUAGAAAACAUUCAGUAUAAGAGUGAAGGGUACGUCACCUUUGGAGAUGGAGGAAAAGGUAAGAUUAUUGCAAGUGGGAUCUUGAAUGUACAUUGGCUACCUAGAUUGCCAAAAGUCUUCCUGGUACUAGGACUAAAAGCAAACUUGAAUAGUAUAAGCCAGCUAUGUGAAGAUGAACUUAAAGUGGAAUUUUCAAAAGAUAGCUGCAAUGUUCUCAACCAAAAUCACGAAUGCGUUAUGAUAGGGAAAAAGUGUACAAAUAAAUGCUACACAUGGGACGGCGAUCUAACCUGCCUACAAACAACUGUCAAUCAAACACAAUUAUGGCAUCAACAGAUGGGACACAUAAACUUUCAUGACAUGAAAAAGGGAUUAAAAAGAGGAGCCUACAGAGGAGUUCUAGCCCUUGACAUAGAUGAAAAUAAAAAGUGUGAUGCAUGCCUUGAAAACAAAAUCACACGCACAGCUCACAAAAGGACUUUGGGAAUACACCCCUCCAGAAUUCUAGAAUUACUUCACAUGGAUCUGUUUGGACCCACUCAAACAGAAAGCAUAGGAGGAAAAAGAUACUUCUAUGUGACUGUUGAUGAUUACUCACGAUUCACAUGGGUAAACUUCCUUAGAGAAAAUCUGAAGCAUUCAUGA